UUGUCGUUGAGUGUCUGUCGUAAAAUAAAAUAAUUUUGUUCUAAAGAGUUCAGUGUUUAAAAAAGAAAAACAAACGAAAACGUCGCAGUUUGCGAAUAAAAUUUAUAAAAACACAAACUUUCUAAACAUUUUUUAUAUAUUUAUUUAUAAAAUGCUUCGAUUAAAAGGAUUUCUGAUUCUUUUAAUGCUAUGCAGUUUAAGUUUAGCCCGAAAACAUCACCUUGAAGUUCGGGAUGAUACACGACGAUACAUCGCCUUGAGUACCUUUGGUUUCUAUCAAAGUGGAAUUCUGGAUGUUAAAUUGAGUAAUUUCGUGAUAUCGAAUGAGAAUGAAAAUGAUUUGUUUGGACUUUCGUUGGAUAAGACAACAGUUGAUGCUAUGAAUCCAUAUUUGGAUUCACAUCAAAACAAAUGUAUUCUCGAUGAACCAGCUUCGGCACAACGAAGUGGACCAAUUAUUUUCUUUUUGAUGGAUUUAAAAAAUCUUAAAGUUAGUGUGACAUGUUCAUCGGAUUGGAGGAAUUUACAUAUUUACAAAGAUCGCUCACAGCUUCCAGCGAUGCGAGCAAAGCGGCAAUCCAAAGUCAGUGAUUCGGCAUUGUUUAUGCAGAGACGAAAGAAGAGAGAAUUCGAACCACGGGAAGAAAAUGCCCCCGCAAUUCCAAGUGAAAAUAAAGGAAUUUGUAAGGAUCUAACUUUACCUCUGACUAGGACUUUAGUUGGUAAUAAGAACUACUACAAUACCUCGUUCUCGAUGUUUGUAGCAUCGCCACAUGAAGAGGGAUUAUACAACUUGUAUUUCCACGCCUGUCCAAAUUAUCAUACCACCAAAGAAUUGUCUUUCAAUGUUGAUAUUGAGGAGAACAACAAUGGAAAUUUCCUAUCAGCUGGCGAGAUGCCUUUGCCAGCUCUGUACUUUAUGAUGAGUCUUUUGUUCUUCCUUUCGGGAUUGUUUUGGGUUUUCAUUUUGAAAAAGAGCAAGCAUUCCGUAUUUAAAAUCCAUUACAUUAUGGCUGUUUUGGUUUUCUUGAAGUCACUGUCGCUGAUGUUCCACGCAAUCAACUAUCACUUCAUUGAAAUCAGAGGGGAACAUGUUGAGACAUGGGCUAUUCUCUACUAUGUUACUCAUUUAUUGAAAGGUGCAGUUCUUUUCAUUACCAUUUUAUUGAUUGGAACUGGUUGGACAUUCAUCAAACACAUUUUGAAUGAUAAGGACAAAAAAAUCUUCAUGAUUGUGAUUCCAUUGCAAAUCCUUGCGAACGUAGCUGAAAUUAUCAUCGCCGAAAGUGAAGAAAGUGAUGUUGAAUAUCGCACCUGGCGAGACAUAUUCAUUCUAGUCGAUCUUCUUUGUUGUGGAGCAAUUCUUUUCCCCGUCGUUUGGUCCAUACGACAUUUACACGAAGCAUCAGCCACCGAUGGAAAAGCAGCUAUAAAUCUACGCAAACUUAAACUAUUCCGUCAAUUCUACAUUAUGAUCGUAUGUUACAUCUAUUUCACACGAAUAAUUGUCUAUCUCUUAAAGAUAACAGUUGCAUUCCAAUACGCAUGGUUGGAUGAGAUGUUCCAUGAAAUGGCCACUUAUGUAUUCUUUGUAUUGACUGGUUAUAAAUUCCGACCGGCUUCGUCACAUCCGUACUUUAGUGUAUCCGAUGAGGACGAUGACGAUGAGGUUGAAGUACUUACAGAAUCUGGUCUGACCGCAGGUCUCCACAAGACGAAGGCAUUAAAUCGCAAUGCACCGCCCACUACGACAAUAGUCGAGGGCAAUGACGAAGAAAGGGAAAAUCUUAUAAGCAAACGUGAAUCAAGUCAUGAGUAUGAUUAAACUUAUAUUAAUAAAAAUAGAAAUAGUUAAAACAUUAACAAAAAAAAGAUAACAACUCCAAAAACUCAGAUUUAGAUCGUUAUACAAACAAAAAAUAUUGUGCUAUUAAACAAAAACAACAAUUAGGCAGUAAAGAGACUGAGUUAAUUUGUGUAUCGUUUUUAUUUUAAUUUUGAAUUUGUAUUUUUUAAGUUUUGUCCACACACAAUUAUAUAAAACAAAAUGUAAACGA